GGCUUCGAAAAGCAAAGAGAGAGCUGUUGAUGUCCCAGGGUUGGCCUGCGCUGACAGAUGACGAUGCCAACAAGCAUCUGACCAGGGAGGAGCUGGCUCUACAUUGCCGGAGGAGGACCCGUGGAGAGGAGACUACCAUCCUUCACCUUGAACGACUGCUUACCGAGCUCCUGAGCAGCAAGGGCAAUGACUCCCUGGGUGUUCCUCUCCUGGACCGAGAAAGGAUGGAGCACAUCUGGAGUGUCCAGAAGAAGCACGUCAAGUGUAUCCAAGACCCCCCUGGUGUUGCGCUCUAUACUGAGACCGGGAGCUUAACCAAGGGAGGUGUGCUUCUGAAGACAUACAGAUGUGCCAGAGGCUCCACUUCUCUUGAAUCCUUUCAUUUACACCUUAACCGUUUCAUCCCAGGGACCAGUGCAAACAGUCUGAACUUUCAGAUUUAUUUGCUGGAGGGUCUACACCGGUGGAACCAGGAUCGGGAGGCUGCUUCGCUGUCAUCGGAGCCAUCAGCUUUGCGCAGCUACACAGGAGAACUUGUUCACUGUGUAAACCGCAAUUAUGAAAAGCUGUUUGGCAGGAAAGUGGUCCCCACGUUUUGUCCUCCUGCACGUUACACCGGUGAGCUCAUUGGAGUGCAGUAUCUGUUCCAGCAGACUGGACAGGCAUUGCAGGACAUGAACCCAGACUCUGAAGAGACGGCAGAACUCAUCGAGGACCUUAAUGUGGAGGAGCGAGAGGAAGAUGAGGGCUUCUGUGACAUCAGCGAGGAUCACACCAUUGCAGAUCCAGAGGUUGUUCUGUCACCACCCUCCUCCACACUGACACUGGGUUCUUCCACCCUGGUCACCAGCAGUGACACGGCUGUACUGGGUUCUACAUCCCCUUCACUGGUCCCUGACCCCACACAGUCUCCUUCAUCACCUGGACCCUCAGGGACUGCUGUCUCACCGGUUCCCUCUGAAACAUCUGUUUCACCACUCCCCUCAGAACCAGAGGAUGCUGGUCAGGAUGAUGAUGAAGAGACGGCUGUUGACUACCAAAAUGUCCCGGGAUAUCAACAUGUGGACAGGCUGGCAGAAUAUCUGGUGGAGCUCCGGGGUCACACAGCCCUCAGCCUGGCCAAUCAGGAAGCUAACGCCAUAAUUGCACUUUGGCAGAACCUGGAUGACCGGGACAAGCAACGGUUGGUGUAUGCAGCUCGACACCAGAAGAGACUGCUGAGUGGACGCUUCAGAGUACCAAAGAGGCCCACUCACACCCCUGGAGUAGAGAGCACCAUCAGAAGUGUGCUGGGUGCAAGCAGUGCACCUGCUCAGUGGCCUGACUGUUGCCGUCUGGUGGAGACCAUUUUCAUCAGGCUUUGCACAAUUCACCCAAGCCCCAAAAGAAAAGGCAAGGGAACGCUGUCGAGAUGGUCUCUGAUCCUCCAAGACUACAGAAGGAUAAGGCAGCUUGUACUGGGCAACAGCUUGGUGAUGGGAGGAACCUCAAUGCAGCUGGUGGAGGUUAACCAGAACACCCUGAUUCAGUGGUACAACAACAGGCAGAAAAAGCAAGAGCUGUCUGUGCUGCUUCAGGGCAUUCAGUUGCCUCAGCCCCUCCCUGAAGCUCAGGAACCUCUCCAGGCUGCCAAACGCCCACGGACUGAGCCAGAACAACCAGGGGAGCAGCACCAGUACAAGCUACCAGAGAGCCCAGCAGGUCAGGCAAAGCAGAGGCAGACUUCUACUGGACGACCCCCUCUCAGACCCAAGGCACCAGCUCAGAGUCCUAUGUUGGUUACGCCAUCAGCACCUGGAGCAUCACUGCAGAUGGUACCCAACAUACUUAUACCAGCAGCACCAGGUUUCCAGGGUGUGCCGAUGCUUCAGGGUGUGCCAGUAUUCCAGGGUCUGCAAAUGGUUCAAAGACUGCCGAUGGUCCAGGGAAUGCAAAUGGUUCAGGGGAUGCCGAUGGUUCAGGGAAUCCCGUUGGUACAGGGGAUGCCAAUGAUACAGCCACUGUUACAGCCUACAGUUGUGCAGGGCACCAGUUCACAACCUGCUGCGCCAGCUGCCAGUCCGCAAGCCAUGCCCAACGCCACCCCCGACCAAAAAGCCAUGCCCAAGAGACCCUGCAAGAGAACUGUAGAGGCAAACACUUGCAAGAAGUGCGGACAGUUCAAAACCAGUGCAACGGGACAUAGCCAGUACAGGGGCAAGGUGUACUGCCCACGGACUGAGACUAUUACAAGAGAACAGUGGUUUGAGCAAAUGCGGAGAACUGUUCCAAAAUAA